GCAAUACUGAGCAGUCGAUUACCUACUCUGGCUACAGCCUAAAAGGACUACUUCUGAUCUGCCUGCCCACUUGAGAUCAGAUUUUUCCCCGUAAUUGGAAGCUGUGUUAAUAGAGACUCAAAACGAACUGGUCUUGAAAAUCGAUUCACUUGCGUUGUUACGAUGGGUGAGAAGCUAGAUGACUCGCACCAAUCCGUCAAUGAUGACGAAAAGGAUGUCGAUGAACAAGCUACAGGAGCCCUGAACGACAGCGGAAGUGGAAUGGAUGAUGGCAUUCUUGACAUCUCUGACAGACGCAUUUUAUCCCCUCAACAUAACUUCAAACCUGAUGGAUUCUUCGUACGAGUUCUUAAAGUGAUAUUUUACAUUCCUAUGAAAAUACUCUCCAUCUUCGGGAUCUCUCUCUGGCAGAACAACCUACAAGUUUCUGGUGAUCCUAAAAUCGACAAGAGCCCUCUACGUCCAGCCUCUGCAUCACCACAAAAGAGAAAGAGGGAGGAUUUGGAUGAAUCACCGAGUCUGAUGGAUGACGAUGAAGAGGAGGAUGACGGUCAAGAAGACGAAGAGAAGAAAAAGGAUAUGGUAAAAAUGCUAGAGGAGGCUGUAGAAGGAUACGAAUCUGGAGAGGAUAAGGAUUUUAAGCCCGAGGAUGAUGAGAGUUCAUGUAGUGAGGAGUAUACUGAGGGUGAUACUGAGACAGAUCUUUCAAAGCUUAGCAUUGAAGAUGUGUCAGAGCCUCGUCCAUCCGCCUACAGGAACAUGACUGAGAUAGAUCAAGAUGAUGCCAAAAACAAGGAAAAGAAACAGGUCCAUGAUGCCGUUACCAUACCAACCAAGUGUAUUGAUGAACCAAUCUCGAAGCCAGAGUUGACCCCUGCUACAGUGGGUGUUGUAGGGUAGUUGAAGGUAAACAACACCAACACUCGCUUUGGACUCCUUAAACCAAACUCCAUCGUUCAACUCAAAGUAAAGAUGUACUGAUGCUUU